AUGUCGACAGAAGUUCGAGAUCCCUCGCUCCCGCUAGAAAUGCGGGAUCUGAGUUUGCAUGAACCAGCUCAAUGUGUUGGAGUCCGAGAUACCUACACUACCACCGACUACGACCAGUCCGCACAGCCUUCUGUGGAGGACGAAAAAAAAGACGAGGCGCCAGAUGGCACCGAGCUCGAGCGCCAGCGGAACUGGUCAUCCAUCAUGGCCGUCUACGUUGGUUUGCUGAUGGCCAUCGGGGGCUUUUUAUACGGCUAUGACACAGGCAUCAUCAACGGCCUUCUAGAGAUGAAAUACGUCAAGAGAACGUUCCCGCCCAACCACAGGGGGUUCAGCGCCAGCCAGUCAUCGAUUAUCACGUCGGUGCUUUCGAUCGGUACGUUUGUGGGCUCGCUGUUUGCGCCCGUGCUCUCAGACAGUGUGGGGCGACGGCUGAGUAUCAUGGUGUCGUCCACGAUUAUGUUUUCGCUCGGGACGAUAUUGCAGCUUAUUUCGGAAGGUAUCCCGCUCCUGUGCAUUGGACGCUUUGUCAGCGGCUUCGGAGUGGGCAUGAUAUCGGCCAUCAUCCCGCUCUACCAGGCCGAGGUGUCGCCCAAGUGGAUCAGAGGAUCUGUGAUCUCGUUUUACCAGUGGGCCAUUACGUGGGGGUUGCUUGUUUCGAGCGCCAUCACCCAAGCAACGCACUCCAUCGACGACGCCCGCUGCUACCGCAUCCCGAUCGGCCUGCAGCUGAUCUGGGGCGUCGUUUUGGGCGUCGGAAUGUAUUCGCUGCCCGAAUCGCCGCGGUUCUACGUCAAAAAAGACCGUCUCGACGACGCCCUCCACGCUCUCUCGCGGUUCCGCCGCCUGCCCCUAAACGACAAGUCGCUGGUCGAGGAGCUGAUUGAGAUCAAGGCCAGCCACGACUACGAAAUGAGCUUCGGCCCCACAAGCAUCAUGGACUGCUUCCGCAGCUCGCCCAGCCGUGCCAGCCAGCUGCGCCGCAUGCUCACAGGCAUGAUUUUGCAGGCGCUGCAGCAGUGCUCGGGAAUUAAUUUUAUUUUCUACUACGGGGUCAACUAUUUUGUGCGCGCAGGAAUAGCCAACUCGUAUCUUAUCUCGUUUAUCACCUACACAGUCAACGUGGUGUUCACCAUCCCAGGCAUUCUCGCGGUCGAGAUUUGGGGCCGGAGAUGGCUGCUCAUUGUUGGGGCCGGUGGAAUGACUGUGUCGAAUUUUGUCAUCGCCGCGGUCGGCGUGACCGCUGACUCUCAAAUUGCCAACAGGGUGAUUGUCGCGUUCGUGUGUCUCUUCAUCGCGUUUUUCGCCUCCACGUGGGGCCCGCUCGCCUGGGUCGUUGUUGGAGAAAUGUACAGUCUGUCGGUGCGGCAAAAAGCCGUCGCACUGACCGCUGCUACCAACUGGCUCGUGAAUUUUAUUUUUGCCUGCUGCACGCCCUACCUGGUCGACACCGGCAAGCACACGGCCGCCCUGGGCCCCAAGAUCUUCUUUCUAUGGGGGUCUCUCAACUUCGCGGGCAUGGUAUUCGCCUACUUCUACAUCUACGAAACAAAGGGCCUGCUUUUGGAGGAGGUCGACGAGCUGUUCAGGGUGUGCAAAAGCGCACGCAAGUCCAUGUACUUCAAGCCGCACACAGAAAUGACGGAGGACGAGGGUUCUCCGCGCCAGUCGGAGUCGCACAGGGCCAACGCGGUGGCCAUGACCACAGAGAUCUUGAAUGUGCCUAACAACGUGCCUCCUUCGAUCCAUUCGACAGACGACGAGAGCGAGUUCUACCACCCGCACUUGAGCGAGUAUCUGGGCCCCCAGACAGAGUACAAUUACACCAACCAGGAGGAUCUGCUGGGGCUAAUCCGCAGCCUGGGCGUCAGUCUGGAUGGAACAGCAGAGUCUGUACAUAGCGGUGGACACUAA